GGAGGAGGAGGGGGGUUGUUGAUGCAGGGAGGAGGCGGAGGAGGAGCCGCGGGGCUCCGCUGAGCGCGACCCACUGGGGCCAGAGCCAAGACGACAAGACGCGGACGGGAGACGACGACAACGACGACAGGUAUCCUCGUGUCCCCGCACUCCGAUGGGAACGUUUGACGAGCAGGGAUGGGCGCCCGUGCACCACGCGGCCCACGAGGACGACGCGGCCGCCCUGGAGGCCCUGCUGGCGGAGCCCGGCGCCGCUGCCGAGCAGCUGGAGCUGGAGACGCGCGACGGCCUGCACUCCACGCCGCUGCUGCUGGCGGCCGCCGGACCCGGGCGCCGCCGCUGCUCGGAGCUGCUAGUCGCGCGCGGCGCCCGCCUCGACGCCACCGACGUGCGCAACCGCGGCCCGGUGGAGCUGUGCGCGCUGCACGGCGGCGCGGAGGCGCUGGAGCGCCUGCUGGACCCGCCGGCGCCGGCGACCCCGCCGAUCCUCGCGCACCGGCUGCUGGUGAGGGGAAUCGGCUCCGACAACGGCGACGUGGCGGAGGCCGUGAGCUGCGCCGUCGCCGAGCUGCUGGCGCGGCGCGACUUCGCCGACCGGCACCUGGAGGCGCUGGCGCGGGAGGGCCUGGCGCCGGUGCUCUUGAGGGUGCUGGGCACGUUCGGCGGGGCCGCGGCGUGCGUCGGGAGCCUGCGUGUCCUGGCCGCGAUGGCGCGACACCCGCUGGGCCGCGGUCUCGUCGUGGCCACCGGCGGCUUCGUUCCGCUGCUGGUCGGCGUCGUCAGAGGCGCCGGUCCCAACCCAUCCCUGCGGGACACCCUGGAGGUGCUCCGGGAGGUGGCGGAGCUACGGGAGCACAGGGCGGCGUUGGUUUCUGCCGGUGCCGUCUCGGCGCUGGCCAAAGCGGCGCAGGUCGUGGCCGCGUCAAACGGCAAAAAAAACGACGAUGAUGACGACGGUGGCCUGCCGUGUGCCGCGAUGGCCGUGGAGACGCUGGGCCUCAUAGCCGAGGGUGACCCCAGCUGCCAGCGCGCCGUCGGCAAGCAGAGGGGAUUCCUGCCGGCACUGUGCGGCCUGCUGGCACGCGUGCCGAGAGAGGGGCCCGCCGCCCUGGCGCUGUGCCGGGCGGCGGGCGCCAUCGCAGCGGGACAGGCGCACAACCAGGACGCUCUGGUGGUGGGGGGAGGGGCGGCCGCACUUGUCCGUCUGGCCAGAGCCCCGUCCCGAGAGCUCCAGCUGUGCGCCAUCGAGGCCCUGCGAGGGCUUGUGGAGGGGAAUGAGGGGGCUCGGCGCGCGGCCCUGGAGCUGGGGGCCGCCGCCCCGAUGCUUCAGCUGCUGCGAAGGUCCCGGGUGGAGCGCGUCCUGGAGGCCACGGGGACCGCCCUCUGGGCCUUGGCCGGCGGCGACAUCGACCACGAGACGGCCCUCGCCACCACGAUGGGCGCCGAGACGCUGGUGGAGUUUGCGCACUCGGCCACGGAGCGCCUGCAGCUGCUGGGCGCGUGGGGCGUGAGCGCGCUGGCACGGGGGGGCCCGGGCGCUGUGGGGGGGCGCCCCCCCGGCGUGACGGCGACCCCCUCCCCGCUGGUGCAGGCCCUGCUGCGCCUGCUGCAGACGCGCAGCCACCCCGUGUUGCUGGCCACGCUGCCGGCGCUGCGGGCAAUCUGCCUCGAAGUCGGCUAUGUGCCAAGUCCGGUGCACCAGCUGCAGGUCUUGAACUCCCCCUGCGUGGACUUCCUGCUGGAGCUGGUGGGGCCCGCCACGGCCCCGGCACCCCCGGGGCCCCUCAGGACCCCCGAGGUGCAGGUGGAGGCCAUCUGGACCCUCGCCAGCGUGUGGCUCGGAAACCCCGCGAGGCCGGCCGCAAGCGCCCGCGUGGCCGAGCUGGUGGAGCGCCUGCUGCGGCUGCUGCGCUCCGCGCCAGCGGACGAGGCGGUGCGCGUGGGCGCCGGUGCCGCCCUGGCCGCGCUGGCGUUCCGGAGCCCCGGCACGCUGCGCCAGAUCCAGCGGGCGGGCGGCCUGCGCUCGCGCCACCUCCUGCCGGCGCUCGACUCGCGGCACGAGCGCAACCGCGUCGACGCCGCUUUCCAGGUGGUGGUGCUGGCGCGGGCAGUGGUGGACGGGAAGGCGGCAUCCCUGCGGGCGAGGGGCAUGGGGGUGCUGGUGGACUCGCUGUGUCGCUCGCGGGGUCACAAGGAGACUGUGGAGCUGGCGGCCGACUGCAUCGCUCGGCUGGCACGCACGCACGAAGGUGUCCCCGAGGCGCUGGUGGCUGUGGACGUGGUGCAGCUGCUGUGGCCGCUGCUGGAGGGGCCCUCGGGGCGCGUGCGCCGCUCCGCCGCCCUCGCGCUCGGCCACCUCAGCUUCACGCACGCGGCCGUCCGCAUGAUUCUACGCAGGUGCCGCGAGAGCCCACGGCUGGCGGGCGUCUUGCUGCAGCACACGGAGCAGCAGAGCGCCCUCUGCCCGGCGCUGCUGCAGGCGUGGAAGCACUACUGCGCGCUGGCACUGUCCUCCCCACGGAACGCUGCUGACCCCGCGACCCCGAGUGACCCCAGUGCUGACCUCUUCACUCGCGCGGCUGCCCAGUUGCUGUCGGGCCCCCUGCCGGCGCCGCCGCCGCGGCAUCUGGCCGAGGGCGCGCCGCGCUCCGUGUCACAGCUGACGCUCGACUCGCUGGCGCUCAGCCCGGGUCGGUAACCGCGCCGCGGUCGUCGUCGUCGUCCUCGCGGGCGGCAGGAAGGGCGGGGACGAGGCAAACAAACGCGACCUCGCUGGACCUCGGCCAGGGCACGCCCUCGGCGCCUUCCGCCGAAAUGAUUAAACAUGUGGGAAGGAUUGCUUCGGACGUUCCGCCAUCCCGCAAACCAAGAUAUCUAGCGGACGUCCAGAUUAUUUACGUUCAUGGCGAGAUGCGAUGGAAUUCAUAUUUGCAGAAUGGCGGUGAGAUGGUCGUCCCCGACUCUGGACGGGCGUGUCAGCGCGACGUCCUCGCCGGAGAGAGGCGGCGACGAGGGCGGUGUGUUGGCCGUGCCUUGGGCCAGGAGGCUUCUUCGCACGGUGUCGCGAGACCUUUUUUAUUCUUCUAACGGGGCCUCACCUCGGGGCAGGACGAGUUUGGUUGCGUGCGUGGGUACGUGCGUGGGUGCGUGCGUGGGUUUGUGCGCGUGUCCACAGCCACCCAGAAUGGGGCGGGGGGGGGCUGUGGGAUCUGGGGCAAUUUUCCGUGGGCCUCGCACAAACGCGGGACCCAGAGCAAGGCCAUUUCCUUGUUGCUCACGGAACCGCACGCGGCAUUCUACGCUGGGCUCCCAGGGACCUCCGGUGGCCCUCCUGUAUUGGUGGGUUCACCCCGAUUCCCAUCGUGUCCCAUAGCUUUGCAUUGCGUCGGAGCCGCAGUAGCUCGGUCCGACAGCAACAACCUGACCCGAGUGUUAAAGCAACAACGGUUGUUUGACAAAAAACUUCCUGCGUUUAAGACGCAGGCCACGUGGCUCUAGUGACGGGACCUCUGAUGGCAAUAAUAAUUCUCAGGCCAUGGGCAAUCCACUGCUGGACGAAAGCCUCCUCAAGUAGUCUUGGUCGUGGAGGUUGUGUGACCUUGCUGCACCACGGGGGUCAGUCCGGGUUGGUGACGGGGGGGGGGGGGUGCACGGGGGAGUCCAGCACUUUCCACCGAUGUUAUCCGCCGAGCAGAUUUCGCUCCGGUCGUCAGGUUCGUAGCGCAGGCCGCUAAACCGCGAUGCCGCCAUCGUUCCACUCCACCUCUGACGUUGAGAGGUGGUUGGCGAAGGAGGUGCUUUCGUAGACUUGGCACCGCGUGUGGCCGGCCGCCUGAAGCGGAGCUCUCUCCGUGUGUGCUAGUCUCAUCGCCGGCCCCAGCGUGAACUGUCACGACCCCGGACAGCAAUUUGAUUAGAAAAUAGCUAUUUGUAUCUCCUGGUUUGUAUUGUUUCCGUCUAGUUUUCAAAGUGUUUAUCUGCUACAUUGCCUUAAGCGUGUAAUAUUAACGUAUUGUUUGCCAUUACGUUUUAAUAAAUUAUACAU